GAGUUCAAACGUACGUCGGGCGCUCGGAACAUUAGACGAUCGAGAGAAUCGCAACGCGUGGGUUGAAGAGGGCGAGUGCAGUGUGCAGUGCGUGCGGAUCGUGUGUCGCUGAAAGCUCGCCGCGAAGCCUCCGAGAGUGGCGGGAGCGCGAGCACCCGCCUCGCGUCAGUGCCGGCCCGGCCGCGCCGCUAGCAUCACGCUCCGACACCACCCACGGUGACCGCUGCUGCUCUCUGCUCAGUGACCACUCACACAUAUACCCUGCCUGAACCGUAUCCUGCCGCCAUCCACCGGAACAACUUAUUUUCAUUUGAACGUGAGACGGGAGGCAGAUGGACAGGCGCGCGGCGGGCGCGCUGCUGGCGCUGGCCGCGUGCAUCGCGAGCUCGGCUGCAGCUCCCACGACUAACAAUCAGACGGCAUUAGAUGUAUACGAUGCGGUGUCGGAGGGUUGCUACUACAACUUCCAGCACUACGGCGAGGGCGACCGGAUCAUGACCAACGAGCCGUGCCUCAACUGCACGUGCCACAAUAGGAUGCUCAUGUGCUACCUGCGCGUGUGCCCCUUCACCAAGCCCAUCGGCCAGGACUGCACCGUCGAGAAGCGAGCGGACCAAUGCUGUCCCAUCGUGACUUGUCCCGAUGUUCCAGUUGACCUACUCACAUCAACGUCAACAUCGUCGCCAGCUGAAUAUGGAGCAACUGGUCUCGGCAAGCUGGACAAGUAUGGCUGCAGCAUCAGCGGCAAAUACUUCCCCGAGGGUUCGAAGGUGCCGCCGACUCCAAACAAACCGUGCGAACAUUGUUACUGCAUUCGAAAUAUGACGACUUGUGUGAUGCAAGAGUGUACUCUUCACGUAGAUGGAUGUACCCCUAUCUACCAUAAGGAUGUCUGCUGUCCAGUGCGAUAUUCAUGUGAUCACCCUGAAGACGAAAUGCCCCUAUUGGAUGACAUGUCCACUACAGUUCGGCCUACACCUGGAUUCCUGUUGACUACUACAACAACACUAUCACCAGUGACACAAAUGACGCAAGAUUGCGUUCAUAAUGAUCAAAUAUUCCCCGAUGGUACCUCAAUAAAGACUGAAAAAGCUUGUGAGCAUUGUUAUUGUAUGAAAGGUGAUAUCGUAUGUGUAGUCCAAGAAUGUGGUACUCCUAUGGAAAAUGAAGGCAAGAAUUGUACUUCUCAACCUCCUCGUGAGGGUCAGUGUUGCCCCGACACAUAUAUUUGUGAAGGUGAUGAGGUGCCUACUGAAAUGUCACUUGAUUUUACGACGGAAACUUCGUUAGAAACAAUGACUACUUUAGUACCACCGAGAAGAGUGAUUGACGAAGGCAGUGGAUACAGGAAAGAAGAAGAAGAGCCUAUCGCAACUAUUUUACCUUCUGUUGAGCCGGAAGUUGAAGGAAGUGGAGAAGAUUUUGCUACUUUGCAACCUUCUGAAGACAAAGAAAUGCAGACACCUAGUCUUAUUGAUGAGAGAUUAUCAAGCACUGAAGAUUUAGUUGAUACAGAUACUACUUCUAGAUCGAUAGUUGAAAUUGAAAAAACUACCAUAGAACCCGAUAGUGCAUUAAAUACUGUUCCUAGUGAUGUUACUGAAUCUGCACAUAUAUCAGAGCCAAAACUGACAACAGUUUUUGAACAAACAGAAACAAAUCAAGAAACGGAACAAACUCAUAUCGACAUUAAUUACACUACCGCAUCUUCUAAAGAAGAAAUACCUUUACAAACAACGGAAUCGGCCUUUAGGAAAGAAGAAGAGUCCCAUAUACCUAUUGAUAUUACUACAGAAAAGGCACCUCAAGAAUAUACAACAGCGUCAAUUGAACCUACUAAAACAACUAUAUCAGAAAAACAAGAAGCAUUUACUACUAUGACUGAAACUAAAGCCACUAUACCACCCGAGACUAUUACAGAAAUUCCUACUAGUACAACAAGUGAUAUAUCAGUUAAAGAAUCUAGUACUUUGUUCGAUCACACAUUAAAAGAAACAUUUAGCACUGUUGUACAAAGCGAAACUGAAACCACCACGUUAAAUGCACAAGAAAAUGAAAUUGAAGAUAUUACAACUACCCAAGGUCCAGGCAGAAUACCCGGUGAAGGUGAUUGCUUGCAAAAUGGAGUGACGUACAGAAAUGAAAGCAUCGUACCCAGUAAUAAUAAUUGUCUAACUGAUUGCAAAUGUAUCAGCAGUAUCAUCAAAUGUGAUUCAAUAAUGUGUAGUCCUCCUCCAGAAUAUAUGAGUAAUUGUGUAACCACAUAUGAAUCGUCAGAAGCGUGUUGCCCAACAUAUAUAUGCGAUGGCUCCAAAGAAACAUUACCUCCUCAACCCCAUAGCCAAAUGUCAGAAACAACUAGUUCAACGCCUACACCGGCAGUUGACUGUCAAGGUGGUCAAUGUGACAUUCAUAGGAUUGAUAAAACUCCCACACCUUCUGACAGUUGUAACAAUAGAGAUUGUACUAAUAAACCUAGUGACACUCCCGAAUCUACUAAUUGUGGAACAGAAGGUUGUGGUGCUGUACAAACACCAAUCCAAAAUGUUCAACCUGAAUGUAGUUCACAAGACUGUGGUGCAGUCGUCCAACCACAUGAAGUACCACCAGUUCCUUCCGACACUUGUUCUGAUAGUGAAUGCCAACAACAUCCAAUUCUUGAGACAGAAAGGAACGAUAAUAUCCAACCUUGUGAUGGUAAUAAUUGUAAAACAUCUGAAAAUGUUCAGCCUUGUCAAAAUGAAGAAGAAUGUAACACAAUUAAAAUACCUGAAGUUGAAACCCCUUGUAUCGGGGAAUCAUGUAAAAAUAUUCCACCGGUUUGCAAUGGUAAGGAUUGUCAAAUACUUCCAGAUACAGUUAUACCUGUAUGUCAUGGAGAAAAUUGUGGAAGCAGAGAUAAUCAACUGCCGGAAUGUUUGGGUGAAGAAUGCAAAAAGACAAACAUUACUGAUGUUACUGGAAAAUUACCUGUGGAAUGUAGUGGUGAUAAUUGUCUAUCUGAACCAGAUAAGACUGAAAUAUCUACUGAGAGUUCUACACAAGAAAGAAUAACACCUUCUUCAACAAUUACAGAAUCGUUACAAACGGAACCAACUUUAAUUCCAUUACAUGAGGUUUCACAAACAUCAGACGUAAUACAAGAAGUAACCACAGAUAAACCAGAAGAGACACAAACCACAUCCCAGUUCAUUUCAGAAAAACCCCUCAGUGAUAGCGAGGAAAGUUUGGAAAAAACUAUUAAACCGACGACUGAUGUGCCUGAAAUUCAAACAACAGCAUAUGUACAAAUUAAAGAGACUUCUCCCACAUCUGACUUAGAAUCACAAACAGAGAGCAAACAAGAUGAAAUUAUUACUACACCUACUAGAAGACACGAAAGUGAAGAAGCUUCAAUGACUACCAAAUUUACUGAUAUGGUUACCAAACUACCAGAAAUUGCUGAAACAACAGAAAUUAUAGCCCAAACUGAAACUUUCACAGAAGAAACAACAUUACCAGAGAAACAAUUUACACGAGGAGAAUCAUAUACGACAGAAAAAUCAACUGAAGAGGUGUCUGGUAAUCAUGACUUCACUGAAACAUCCACUUUAUCAUCUAAUUCAAAAUCUGAAACUGAAAUAACUGGAGCUGCAGAAUUUGAAACAUCUGCUCAACCCAAUACGGAACAACCCGGUACACCAGAAUCUGAUAGCACAUCACAAGACCAACAGUAUACCAAAGAACCAGAUUUAGGAAAGGGAGAAGAAACCACAGAAUCACAUAAUUUACCUUCCGAAGAAACUGUAUCUGAAGAAAAAAAUCCUACAACGGAAAUUCCUACAAAAGAUGGUGAAAAAACAUCACAAACUACAGUCGAAACUCCCGAAUUUGAUAAACAUUCAUCGCCUGCAACAGUAUCAAUUAAAACAGAAGCGACAUCUUUAGCAUCUAGUACAUUAGAACCAAUUGUUGAUGUUAUGACAGAAUCUCAAGAUAAAAAGACACAAUUAUAUGAUCUACAAACACAAGAACCGACAAUACAAACAACCUCAGUUCCGCAAUCUCAUGACGAUAAGGAGAAACUAAGUAAAGGAGAUACUACGAUAACAGCUUCGUCUGAUAUAGGACUCGCCACAACCGAACCAAUUAUUUCAUUAGACUCAGAUAAGAUGGAUACUAAGCCUCUUAUUGAUAAAGAAAAAUUACCUGACAUACCCACAGAGGAAAUUUCUACAGAACCAACUGAAAUUGAUACAGAAGAACCUUCUCUUGGAACCAAACAAGAUGAAGUUACUCCUCAAGUAUUUAUUGAACCUGAAUCACCUGAUUACAUUCCAGUACAUCCAACAGUAGGUGACAAAUCAGAAUUAGAUUUGAUUGAUAGAAAUACAACACCUCAAAGUGAUUCCGAUAUGAUGGUAUCUACAGAACAAGAGCAUCAUUCUCAGACAACUGAACCAUCAGUGCCAGAGCUAGAAGGUGACAAACCUACUGAAGCACCUGUGGAAAUAUCACCAACUGAAACCCGGAAAUACAAUCAAGGUACAACUCAUGCGACUGAGCUAGAUGAACUAACAACAACUUAUCCGAAAGUAGAAAAAAUAACUGAAUCCCCAGAAUCAUCAACAUCUAAAUCGCCAUUAGAAGAAGAACUAGAUGUGACAACACCCAGUGAAUCAUUUAGCAAUGAUAAACAAGAGAUCAUUCCCACAGAGGUGCCAGAAUCACAUGUAAAAGAAACUGAAAGCGGAGUAGAAAUAACUGCUAUCCCGGAAAUAAUAACAGAAAAAUUGGAAUCUGUUCAAACAGAAGAACCUCAAUCAGUUUUACAACCAAACCCAACAGAGUCUCAACCAUCCACUAUAUCUGUAGAAUUAGAGAAAGAACCCGUUGAACAUGAUUUAGAAACCAGUACUAAAGAAGCACCUGCAUCUACAUCAGAACCUAAGUAUGAAUAUUCAGAAACUACGCCAGAUAUGAUUGAGUUAGUUGAACAUCACGAAAUGAUGGAUGUUUCAACUAUUUCCUCAUCUAUAAGUGAUCUUGGCACAACGUUAAGUCCUGAAGCUGAGAAGUUCGAUGAAAAUUUGACAACGGAAAAACUUCUUACACCACAAGUUGAAACAGAGAUAUCAACGAAUAGACCUCUUCCAUCACAGCACACUGAAGAUGAAACAUUGCCUAAGCAACCAGAAGUCAGCACUGAUCAUGAAACCAUAACAGAGCAACCAUUAGAAAAGAAACCAAGUGAUGAAAUUGCCACGAAUUUGCCUGACAUGGAACAAAAUAUACCUGAAGACACAACACAUUCUGAAACUUCUUCUGAGGUAGUUGAAAAAGAUAUUUCAACGAAACAGCCGGAAAUAGAACCAGACUUUGAACACCAAACCUUACCGAUAGAAGUUACUCAAACAAAUAAGCCCGAAAUAAUAAUUUCUGAUGAUGGUCAACGAAGAACUGAGGGGCCAGCAGAAGAUGUUACAGAAUCAAAGAUUGAACUUGAUAUGGGAUCAGCAACUGAAGAGCCAGAUAUUAGUAAAAUCGAAAUUAAACCAGAUAAGGAAUAUACUACUGAGAAACCUGAAAUUGAACAAGAACCAAUAUUUGAACCAGAGUCUACAACAGUCGGUUCGGGCAUACCAAAUACUGAUAGAACUAUUGAAACUAAGGAACCAGAAGCAACAUUUACUGGAAAUGAAGUGAUACCUGCUCAUGAAAAUGUAAUACCAACAGUUAUUCCAGAAAUUCAACAAGAAGUAACAUCAGAAAAAGAAAAGGUCACAGGGGAACCAGAAAUUGUGAAAACAGAACAAGAUAUCAAACCAGACCAAGAGUUGAUUACUGAGAGUCCCAUAAUUUCUGAAACAAUAAAAGAAUCUGAGGUAGAAUCUUCUACUGAACAAGAAAUAUUGCCAGAACCUGAUGUUAUUACAAAAACGACUAUAACGCCUAUAACAGAAAACGAGUUAAUAAAUGUUCAAGAGUUUGUUACAAAAGAGACAGAAUUUGAAGGACCAAAUGUAGAAUCAUCGACCAAAUUAUCAGAUCUUCCAGUUUCUGAAGAUGAAGUCCAAACACAAUCUUCUACUAAAGAACCUGAAACUACCGAACCAGAACAGAACACCAUUCUUGAGAAAUCUUCGACAGAAUACCCAGUUAUUUCAGAAGUUGAAAAAGAAACAAAAACUCCAGAAAUCAUACAAAAGAUAAAACCAGAUGAUGAGUUCGCAGAGAAAGAUUUUACUACGGAAAUAACAGAAACAGAUGCCGAUAAGGCAACUUCUGUGAAGGAACCAGAACCAUCAGACGUUGAAAACGAAGUUUCUGUAGAAAUUACAACAGUUUUACCUGAAAAGGAACACAGAUCCUCAACUGAGGCACCAAUUACUGAACAACCAAUAUCAAAUAUAGACCAAGAAUCUAUUACCGAAACAACUAUUCAAACAGUAACGUCAUCUGAUACUGAGGUUUCAGAAGAACCAGUUGUCAUAACUGAGGGACCAAGUAAAAUAACUGAAAAAUCAGAAACUAGUCAAGAACCUACUACUAAUGUUCCUUAUGUCACAGAAAUAUUUAAAGAAUCUGAAAAAGAAACAUCUACGGAGAAGGCCCAAGAAACUACCACUAUUUUAUUGGACCUACAUUCUGAAACAACUAAAACUGCUAUUCCAGAAGAUCAAACAGAAAGUAUUACCAAAGAACCUGAAAUAUCUGAAGUUUCUAUAACCGAACAUAGAACGGAAACAUACAGCCCGCAAACAACAGAUAGACCGGAAAUAUCCAGCAUUCAUUAUGAUGUAUCCACGACAGAAACAUUAGCCGUAGAAAAUGAAGCACCUGUUACUGAACAUGACAUAGUAAUAAAGCAUGAAAUAAUUACUAAAGAGACUGAAAAACCAGAAGAAGGAACGGUAUCAUCUACCACUAAACAGGCUGUAAAUGAGUAUGAAACAACUGAAAGAGUAACUAUUUCACCAGUUUUAGAAGAAUCCACAAAACUUUAUGAAAAAGAAAAAAUCACACCCGAACAUGAAGUAGAAAAAUUAACAUCUAUUUCGGAACUUUUUAGUACGCCGUCAUCAACGGAGAAAGAAAAACUACCCGAUGAAACGACCCCCGAAAUUCAGGGCGGUAGUAAAUACGAAGAUAUCACUAAAUAUACUACACCAGAAUAUACUUCAAAGGAUGAAACGACAGUUCCUCUAUCUGAAACAGAAAAACCAUCUAUAUUAGAAGAAGAAACAACUAAACCUGAGACAGAAAAACCAAUAGAAAUUUCUAAGGAUACGACUGCACCUGAGGAGGAAUUCCUAACAGUUACAUCAAAGGCUACAACGUCUAGGGUGGAAAUUGAAACGUCUACGCAUUCAGAAGAUCUUGAUAAAAUUACUAAACCACAUGAAAUUCCUGAAGAAACAUCAUCUGUGGCUACAGCUGAUAUUCCCAAACCUGGGUUUAACGAAGUUCAUGGGACUGAUGAGGCACCAGCAUCUGAAGAUGAGAGUCAUUUUGCACCAAGUGCUACGGGUGGUUACGGUCAAGAACCUGACUAUGAAGAUGAGAAUCAACCAUUUGGACCAGGCACUUGUCGAUAUGGAGGAAAAGUAUACGUAUCUGCCCAACAAAUACCCAGAGAUGAUCCAUGCGACUUCUGUUUCUGCUUUAGAAGUGAUAUUAUUUGUUUGCAACAAAGCUGUCCACCUCCUAUACAUGGUUGUCAUGAAGAGCCUAUACAAGGCUUCUGUUGUCCCCGAUAUGAGUGUCCAGUAUCUAUGGCGAAUACUCUCAAUGUCACCACCACCACAACGACAACGACGACAACGUUGCCACCACAUUUCCUCCCUCAUGCCUACCAGGGUGCAGUGCAAAGAAGAGGUUGUCAAAUAAAGGGCCAUACAUACAAAGUAGGUGAAGUUGUGCGUGCAUCUUCAGGGCCAUGUUUACAUUGCACGUGUGGAGGGGACGGUCAAAUGAAAUGCGAUCCCAAGGCGUGUACCCCGGAGCCGAUGCUCAGGCAGAUGAUAGCGGCCGCUGUAUCCGCCAAGCGGCGAAGGUGAAAUCUUCCAGCUGCUCCUCAGCUCUCGUCAUUAAGCCAGCACAAGGAAGCGCCUGUGUGAUAACAUCCAUCUCCUCUUCUAUGCACAAUAAUAAUGCUCAAAACUCGACGGAGUAGUUUAAGAUUUCGUGUCAUAUAAAUAGUAAUUGAUAUUAUUUUAUUUUUCAUAGUGUCGUGGCACAACUCAAAUAAUAAUGAAAAUCAUGACUGUGAUUAAAAUAUUAAAUUUUAAUAAUAAUUUUCUAAAUCUGAAUUAUAAACAAUACUUUGAGUCUUGAUUAAGGCUAAUUUAUUAUUAUUUAUAUUUAUUAACAAAAGUCAGUGCCAAACGAUAGUGCUAAGUUGUAAACGACUAUGCCUUUACGAUAAGAUAUUCGUGGUGGAUGUCUUUCUAAAAUAUUUUGUACUGACCAAAGCGAAGCUGUAUACUCGAAAUUUAGAUAUUCACUCGCGCAAACUUCAAGCUUCGUAGGUCAAUGGAUCGCCGAAAUCUUGACCAUUUUAUAUGUAAACUUAAUAUUUUACCGAUUAAUAAUUUUAGUCAAUUUCUUUGUUUUUACACGAUGUUACAAUAAGCGAUCUAGUAUCGUGUAAAUAUAAAGUAACCUAAGGAUCCCUGAUGUUGUAAAUGCCUUACUUAAUUUGUAAUAAUUUAUAUAUUUUAGGUGUAUAGUACUUAAGCCAUGUUUUGAGACCAGUGACUAUUAUAAUUUUAGAAGUAACAAAGGCCCUUUGCGAUACGAGAAAAGUGCCGGUCGAUGCGGCCCACGGGGAGCCUCGGCCGACGCUUUUCCUCCCUUCCAGUCUUACGGAAAACGACCCGAAGCUCGUCUUGUUUUCCCUAAUUCAUAGAAGGCAUGAUUUUACUAGCACUUAAUUAGUAAUAGUGGCCAAUAUUUUUAAUCGUUUUGUAAAGACGUUUACAAUGUCUUAAAACGAUAUUAAACAUGUUGUAGGAUCUUUUGUAACUUUUGAUAUAAAGUGCUGGUAGACGUAAGUGGAAGCAAGCAGAGCGAGAUGGGUACGGAGGCUGUCGGCGGCUGUUGCGGCCGUCGUGACGUCACGGCGGACGCAUUCAUCCGUACCAAUCUCCAUCUGUCUAUACUCGUUGUAGUUAUUUUCUUUUUAUUUAUUUAAAGAUGUAGCUAUAGUUAUAUAAUUAUUGAUUUUUAUUCGUGAUUGUAGCGAUACAUUUUCAGCUGAUACAAAAGUCUCACUACGAAAUAUAUCAGAUCUAAUUAUAUUUGUUUAAUUAUAUUUUACCGAGUGUAGCUAUCAUCAAGCUAUCUGUGCAAAAUGAGUUUAAAUAAAAAUAUUUCAAAUGA